AUGAGCGUAACUUUCGAGGUUUUCCGCGGCUCCAAGGAGGGCAAGAUCGUGGCCGAUAAGACCACCCGCACUCUACAGCCCAGCGAGGUCUACAUCGAGACAACACACUCCGGUCUCUGCGGUACCGAUGAGCACUACCUCUCUUCCGGCAUGGCUCUCGGCCACGAGGGUGUCGGUAUCGUUCGCCAAGUCGGCCGGGAUGUCACCAACGUAAAGGUUGGAGCGCGUGUCGGAUACGGAUACACUCACUACGUUUGUGGCAACUGUGAGAAGUGCUUGACGGGCUGGGACCAAUACUGCGAGAAUAAGAAGGAAUACGGCUCACACGACCAUGACCUGGGCUCUUUCAGUGGCGGCACCGUUUGGGACGCCGGAUGCGUCGUCCCCAUCCCGGACGGUUAUGACUCCGCUGAUGCGGCGCCCUUGAUGUGCGCCGGCGCGACUGUCUGGACCUGUCUGACAGAGUACGGCGUUAAGCCGACGGACCGGGUGGCUAUUAUGGGUAUCGGUGGUCUGGGCCACCUGGCUAUCAAGCUCGCCUCCGCGAUGGGCUGUCAUGUCGUUGUCUUGUCCAGCUCGGAGGCGAAGCGCGAGGAGGCCUUCGGAUUCGGCGCGUCCGAGUACCACGUCUUCCGCAAGGGUGAAGAAUUGAAGGACUUCAAGCCUGUGAACCACCUCCUGCUCUGCGGCAGCGCCAACGUCGACUACCCCAGCCUCAUCCCGCUUAUGGAUGUGCAUGGCUCAAUCUAUCCCUUGACUGUUGACUUUGCUCCUUCAGCCGUUCCCCUGCUCUUCAUGAACCUCAAGGGUAUCCGUAUCCAGGGUUCGCUUGUUGCAUCGCGCAACAGUCUGCGCACAUUGGUCAAGUUCGCUGCCGAUAAAAAGAUUACCCCGACUACCAUGACCUUCCCCUUGACCAAGGAUGGUGUCGAAACUGCCAUGCAGGCAUUGCGUGAUGGAAAGAUGAGAUACCGUGGUGUUUUGGUUCGGGAGUAA